AUUUGCGUCCUCACUUACGUUGUUUCAAAUUAAAAGUGUUGCCAAAAAAUACAGUUAAUUCAUUGUACUAUGGAUGAAAUAAAAGUUUUUGAUUUCGUGGUGGUGGGUGGAGGUAUAGCAGGAAUUUCGACUAUCGAACAGAUAUGCCUUCGAUUGCCCCAGUCUAGUGUAUUACUCUUAUCCGCCAGCGCUUUCGUGAGAGUCGCAACCACAAGAUUAAAAUUAACAACCCACAUUGAAGAAUUGCAAAUCCAGGAGGAGGCUGUCAAUGACUUUCACAAGAGAUAUCCUAAUGUCACUGUUGUGAUAACAAAAUUGGAUAAAAUAUAUCCAGAAUCGCACAUAAUCAAAAGUUCCCUUGGAGAAACAUUUGGAUACAGAAAAAUCUGCAUCUGCUCUGGCUCUGUUCCUAAAGUAGUGGAUUUUGACAGCCCCUUUAUCAUUGGAUUGAGAGACACCGAUUCAGCAGCUGAUUUGAAACUUAAACUAUCUAAAUCAAAAAGAGUGUGCGUACUCGGCAACGGAGGAAUCGCAACUGAAUUAAUUUACGAACUAAAAAACAUUGACGUUAUCUGGGUGAUCCGUGAUAAGUACAUUGCAUCCGCUUUUGUCGAUAGUGGAGCUGCCGAAUUCCUCAUGCACUGUGCUGACGACACGGAUAAAAAUCCAACUCCAAACCAACAUGCUAAAAUGCUGCGAUAUACUACUGCCCACGUCUCCUCGGACGUUGAGAAAGGUAUUCCAGGUUGCGCUUUGGGUCCAAACUGGCAUGCAAGUCUGGAACUCACCGGGGCCCUGGAAAAGAAAAACGUGACCAUUGAAUAUCAAACAUUUAUUAAAGACGUCAGUGUAACAAAGCCAGCAACUUUCCAGGGAACUGAAGAGUGGCCUGCUUACGUAACCCUCAAUAACGGAAAAGUUUUUGGCUGUGACUUUAUAGUAAGUGCUACUGGAGUUUCUCCUUCCAUACCGGAUAUCGAGGAAGGUAAGCCUUUCGCAGUUGGAAAAGAUGGAGGAAUAUUGGUGAACCAAUCAAUGGAAUCAUCUAUUCAAGACAUCUAUGCUGCAGGUGAUGUUUGCACAGUUAACUGGGACGUAGCUUUUCACUGGUUUCAGAUGCGUUUGUGGUCUCAAGCGCGCCCAAUGGGAGCAUACGCAGGGCUGUGUAUGACCGCCUCUCUUUUGAAGGAAGAACCUCCUUUGCUUGACUUCAGCUUCGAAUUGUUCACUCACGUUACGCGUUUUUUCGGCUUCCGUGUCGUCUUACUUGGACUUUUUAAUGGACAGAAAUUGGGAGGGAAAUAUGAAGCACUCGUGCGCGUGACCAAAGGAGUUGAAUAUCUGAAAUUAGUUGUAAAGGAUGGUAAACUUCAUGGAGCGGUUCUCAUAGGAGAUACGGAAAUGGAAGAAACUUUCGAAAACUUAAUUUUGAACCAGCUGGAUAUAUCUCGAUACGGAGAAAAUCUCUUAAAUCCGGAUAUUGAUAUUGAUGACUACUUCGAUUGAAUCGCUGCUGUCAACUCAGUAUUACUGUUCUGUCGCCUGUGAUCUUUCAAUAGUUUGUCUGAAAUUAAAUUAUGUUAAAAGUG